AUGCAUCGUCUACAGACUUCCUGCGAGCGUGCCAAGCGGACUCUGUCACCGGCCAGCCAGACUUCCAUUGAAAUUGAGUCUCUCUUUGAGGGUCUCAACUUUUAUUAUACUUCCCUUACUCGUUCUUGUUUUGAGGAGUUGUGUGCGGACCUGUUCCGCAGCAAAGAGCAUGCAGAGAUGCUGGUUUGUCUUAUCCAAAUAACCGAGGAGUGUGUUUAUAAGCAUGUUGCGAGCGAGGCGUCAGUGGUGACCUCCAUCGCUUACAUUCUCACUGUGUGGAGCUUCUAUGACCCUCAUCCUGUAAUGUCUAUCUCCGUCAUCACUGCACGUAUUCUGACUUGA